AUGGAAAAGAAAACGUCACCGUCCGUUGGUUACUCUCGCAUAGAGCUGGUCUGGCUUACACUGAUGAAGAAAAUCGCAUUCGAAAUAGCCAACGACUGGAAAGCGAUCGCGAAGGUGUCCCUAACUGGCCGCCCUGGAACCGAAAUUGGUUACCAUGCAAUAACUUACGGAUGGCUUGUUGAUCAAAUCGUUCGCAGAACAGAUCCCAAGCACCGAUCUAUUGGCGUUUAUUUCAAGGAGGAAAUUGCAGACAAAUACAACCUGGACUUCCAUAUCGGUUUACCUCGCUGUGAAUCUUCACGUGUUUCUCGACUGACUCCCCCGUCGUCGUGGAAUUUCAUUCAGGAAUAUCUUCACAAACCCAGUGAUUUCGCUGUUGGGAGAUUCGUUUACCAAAUGCUAACUGAUGGUCUUCUUUCAAAAGUUGGUCACAACGUACCAUGGAUCGCGUUUGUUAAGGACCUGACCCUGAAUGAUCCUGAUCUGUACGGAGAUUGA